UUGAAUUUGGUGAAGAUUAGUGAUGAAUUUUAAAUCAUAAAUUCUUUAUAAAUAUAAUUUCUUAGUGUUGUGUGAAUGUAAUUUGUGUGUUUUUGGACGCGGUGUCUUAGUUUUAAAUCUAGGAAUGAAGAAAUUCGUACGAACGCGUCCCGCGGGCCCAACUGCACAACAUACUUCAAAUGGACACCUCAAUGGCGUGGCAACCGCGGGGCUUCACAAUCACUCCACGCUACCAAGGCGGUGGGAGAAAGAAGGUAAUGGUAGAGAAGGCGCGCUGUGGGAGGACCCUGACUUCCCGGCGGACAUCAGCUCCAUUGGUUGCCGACGGUCACCACCCGAUCUACUCUGGAUGCGGCCACAUGAAUUAAGUUCAAGGCCACGUUUCCUGGGGGACACCACACUAGAAGGGUCGGCCACACCCGCGACAGCCUCCAGAAUCGCUGCCGAGUCCACUGAGGAUCUCGCACCUGACAAACAAGUAGACAAUGAAACUGAUGAAGAGUUUGCUGCCAGAUGGAGUGUUGAGGUGGGCGAAGUUGGUGACAGCAACCUAUGCUGCGCGGCUGCCGCGUUGGCGCUCACGCCGCGCCUGCUGGCACGCGCCGCGCCAGCACACUCCUUCCGACAAGGAUACACUGGCGCGUUCAGGUUCCAGUUCUGGGUGUGGGGCUCAUGGCGCUGGGUGACGGUUGACGACCGGCUGCCGACACGUCGCGGCCGUCUCAUCACCAGCCGCAGUGCGCUGCAGCACGACUACACUCUGCCGCUGCUGGAAAAAGCUUACGCCAAACUGUACGGCAGCUACAUGUCCCUGCGCGAGGGCACAUGUGCGCGCGCGCUGCAGGACCUGUGCGGCGGCGUGGUGCAGAGCUUCGCCCCCCCGCGACAGCCGCCCGCCCUGCUGCUGCGCGUGCUCAACUCCGCCGUGCCGCGCGCCACCCUGCUCGUGCUCACCGGGAGUCGUAUGCGCAACGGUCUGAUACCCGGGCAGCCGUACUGCGUGACCGGGCUAGCGCGCGUGCGGAGCGAGGCGGGGUCGGUGCGGGGUGCGGGCGAGGUGCCGGAGGGGGAGGAGUGCUCGGGCGCGCUGGUGCGGCUGCGCGCGCCCGCCGGCCGCGGCGAGUGGCGCGGGGCCUGGGCGCGCGGCGGGCCGCAGUGGCGCGCGCUGCCCGCCGCAGACCGCGACCUGCUCGCUGACACCGCCGCGCAGCCCGGACACUUCUGGAUGCCGUUCUCGGAGCUGGCGCGCGCGUUCGGCACGCUGGAGCUGGUGCACCUGGGCCCGGACGAGUGGGUGCGGGAGCCGGCGCUGCGCGGGCGGCGGGCGUGGCGCGCGGCGCUGGCGCGGCGGCGGUGGCGCGCCGGGUGCAGCGCGGGGGGUCCGCCGGGUGCGCGCACCGCGCCCGCCAACCCGCAGUUCCGCGUGCUGGUGCCGCCGCCCGCCGCCGCGCACCUGGUGCUGGCGGUGGCGCAGCAGUACGAGCCGCGCCGCUCCGCGCGUUUGCCGCCGGUCGGGUUCGCGCUGUUCGAGCUGACGGCGGACGCGGCCGCGCGGCGCGCCGCUCUCUGCGCCGACGAGGACGCCUUCAAGGACUACCGGCUGCUGGAGGCGGGACACGUGGGACGCGCGCGCGAGGUGGCGGCGUUCGUGCUGCUGGCGCCGGGGCACUACCUGGUGGUGCCGCACGCGGGGCGCCCGCACGUCGAGGGCGCCUUCCUGCUGCGCGUGCUCUGCGACCGCCGCGCCGACGUCUGGGAGGUGAACGACGACAACAUUAUCAUCCGAGACUUCAACACGGAGAGUCGCGACGACACUCCCAUACCGCCACAAGUGCAGAACAGCAUUGCCAAAAUAGUUGAGAAGCAGGGAUCGGACGAGGUGGACGUGUGGGCGGUGCGGGGCGCAGUGCGGAGCGCGGUGCGGCGGUGGUGCGGGUCGCUGGAGGUGUGCCGCGCGCUGGUGGCGCUGCGGGACGCGGCUGCGGGGGGCAGGGUGCGGGCGGAGGAGGUGCCGGCGCUGGUGCGGCUGGUGGGUCUGUGGCGCGCGGCGGUGGGGCGGUACGCGCGCUGCGGGCGCGGCGUCUCCUCGUACCGGCUGCGCGCGCUGCUGUGGGCGGCGGGCGUCAGCGCCAGCAACAAGGUGCUCGAGUGCCUCGUGCUGCGCUUCGCGCGCCGCGCCACGCUCACCCCGGAGGCCUGUCUGCUGGCGCUCGCCAGGCUGCAUCUGGCUCACGAACGGUACCGCACUCUCGACGCUAAACUCAAGUCAAAUCCCCUUUCCUUGGAAGAAGUUAUCCUGAUGACGAUCUACUCAUGAUGUCAGGAGGAAGACGCUUUAUAUCCUAGUUGUUACUCAGACUAAUGUUAUUUUUAUACAAUUGUUGUUUGUUAUUUAAUAACUUAUUAGAGAAUAUAUUUAAUAUAU